CCGCUGGUAAACAGACAUGCAUGUGUGUGAAGAACAAACUUUCUCAAGCCAAGAGUUAUGGAGGUCAGAGUUUCAGAUAAACUGUUAGCUAGGUUGUAGCUAAUGAACUUGUUGAUAAUGAUGAACUUUUUGAACCUUUGCUUUCCCCGCUCCAGAUAUAUUUUGAUAUCCACCUUUAAGGUGGGGAAACUGUCGAGGGUUAGGGUUGACACAAAGUUUCUCGAGCGUAAGAAGUUUACCGACUUUGAAGUUAGCCAAGGUUAGUCCCGGCAUAUAUAGGUUAAGUAACGUAGCGUUAGACCAGCUGGUUACUUAAAGCAGGUCAGUACCAGUUUUGUCUGGAUUUAUAAACGACCUGUUAUGCUUAUAAUCGUAUAUUAUUAUAUCUAGUAGUACGGUAUCUUGGAAGAUGACUAACGCUAGCUCUUAUCUAGCCUAGGCAAGCUUACUUUAGCUUAAUGAUAUCACGGUAACUCAAGCUGACUAACGUUUUACUGUUCUUGCUAGCCCUUUUACAGUAGCUAGCUGGCUAGCUUCCUGGUAGCUGACUAGCUUACGCGUGAGGCUUGACAUGUUAAAACAUAACGCAAUGUAUGUUUUAUUUUGACAUAUGUUUUACCUUGUUGUCUGAUCAGUGUCAGCUCACACAAAACGGAACGUCGUUACUUUGGCAAAUGCCUUUUCACUGGCAUCUUAUUGGCUGAAGUGCUUGCUAACGUUAGCUGCCUGUCUAAAUAAAAAAUUAAAUUUUGGGAUUGAAAACCUAAAUGGUUGUGAUAGCUAGCACAAUGUUGACCGUCUAUGAAAAGUUACCUGCACAACUCAAGGAAACAUCUAAUGCCAAGAAAGCCAUUGCCCUUCUCAUCGCUGCAUAUGGAGUAAAAAAACUGUACCCAUUAAUAUGGGCUAAACUCGGCAAAAGGACAUCUAAACAGCUGGGGGCUCCUCUGCCCCACUACACUGAAGUGGUGGAAGUGUCCGCGAAGAAGAGCAGCUCACCAGCCGUGAACCGGGAGUUUUUCCAGAGGUUAGGCCACCUGCUACACAUCCUUUUCCCCAAGUUGUUAUGCAAGGAGCUGGGACUACUGGGCGUCCAUUCCCUGGCCCUGAUCGCCCGUACCUUCCUCUCCAUCUACGUAGCCAGUCUGGAUGGCAUGAUCGUCAAGACGAUUGUGAAGAAGGAUCCCCAGGCUUUUGCGUGGCAGCUCACCAAGUGGCUCCUGAUCGCUGUGCCCGCCACCUUCAUCAAUAGUGUCAUCCGCUACCUGGAGGGCCAGCUGGCUCUGGCCUUCCGCACCCGGCUGGUCGACCAUGCCUACCGCCUCUACUUCUCCGACCAGACCUACUACCGUGUCAGCAACAUGGACGGUCGGCUGGCCAACCCUGACCAGUCCCUCACUGAAGAUGUGGUGAUGUUCGCUGCCUCCGUGGCCCACUUGUACUCCAACCUGACGAAACCCAUCUUGGAUGUGGUUGUGACCUGCUACACUCUCAUACGGGCGGCUGAGUCAAAGGGCGCCAACACGACCUUGCCAGCGGUCAUCGCUGGUGUAGCCGUGGCAAUCACUGCCAAGGUGCUGCGGGCGUUUUCGCCUCGCUUUGGCAAGCUGGUGGCCGAAGAGGCCAGGAGGAAAGGCGACCUGCGCUACAUGCACUCCCGCAUCAUCGCCAACUCUGAGGAGAUCGCCUUCUAUGGAGGCCACAAGGUGGAGAUGUCUCAGCUGCAGCGGAGCUACAAGGCCCUGUCCUCUCAGAUCAACCUGAUCCUGUUCAAGCGUCUGUGGUACGUCAUGCUGGAGCAGUUCCUCAUGAAGUACGUCUGGAGCGCCUCAGGACUGGUGAUGGUGGCCGUGCCCAUCAUCACUGCCACAGGAUACUCCCAACAUGACUCUGAGGAGGUGAAGCUGGCUGCCAUGGUGAUGAAGGAGGAGGACCUGGUGAGCGAGCGCACGCAGGCCUUCACCACGGCCCGGAACCUUCUGAACGCCGCUGCAGAUGCUGUGGAGAGGAUCAUGAGCUCUUACAAGGAGGUGACAGAGCUGGCGGGGUACACAGCGCGGGUCCACGAGAUGUUCGUUGUGUUUGAGGAGGUGCGUGCAGGGGUGUUCCGGCGCAGCGCUGGGGAGAACCACGCAGAAGCAGGAGAACCUGGGGUCGAGUCACGUGUCAUGAGACACGGCAUGCGUGUGGAGGGACCACUGACCAUCAGAGGGCAGGUGAUUGAUGUAGAGAAGGAGAUCCGUUGUGAGAACCUGCCCAUCAUCACUCCUACAGGUGAUGUGGUGGUCUCCUGUCUUAACAUCCAGGUGGAGGAGGGGAUGCAUCUGUUGAUAACUGGUCCUAACGGAUGUGGGAAGAGUUCUCUGUUCAGGAUCCUGAGUGGCCUCUGGCCUGUCUAUGGAGGGGUCCUUUACAAACCUCCGCCUCACUGCAUGUUCUACAUCCCCCAGAGGCCUUACAUGUCAGUGGGGACUCUGCGAGACCAGGUGAUCUACCCUCACACACAGGAAGAGAUGAUUGAGAGAGGCUUCACUGAAAAGCAGCUGGAGGACAUCCUCAGUACAGUCAACCUGAACUACAUCCUGGAGAGGGAGGGAGGUUGGGAUUCAGAGAGUGACUGGAAGGACGUGCUGUCAGGAGGAGAGAAGCAGCGGAUGGGGAUGGCCCGGAUGUUCUACCACAGGCCUAAGUACGCCCUGUUAGAUGAGUGCACCAGCGCUGUCAGCAUCGACGUGGAGGGGAAGAUCUUCCAGGCUGCUAAGGAUUCUGGGAUAGCACUGCUGUCCAUCACCCACCGCCCCUCCCUUUGGAAAUACCACUCUCACCUGCUGCAGUUUGACGGGGAAGGCGGUUGGCGAUUUGAGCGUUUGGACGCGUCCACGAGAGUUUCACUGCAGGACGAGAAGAUCCGCCUAGAGACUCAGCUCUCUGGCAUUCCCAAGAUGCAACAGCGUCUGGAGGAACUUUGCCACUUGCUUGGGGAAGACACUGCUCUGAGGAGUAAGGGAGAGAUAGAGGGCCUCGUGGAGGAAGAGGGUGAUGGUCAGGGGAGGGAGGAUGCGUAGAAACACUGCAGAGAGAAGGCAGGAAGGAGGGAGGGAGACAGAAAGGCAAGGGAGGGUAAUGAAGGAUGAUGUGUAGAAAUGUGUUUGUAUUUUCUGAGAUGGAUGGAAGUUGUGUGCGUGUGUUGUCUGUUAUGAGAAAAAUUAGAAAGGUGUGAGGAUUGAUAGUGACAUGCCACCCUGCAAUGCUUAAUAUGUAAAAGAUAAGCAGGGGUUCAGUUGCCUUGAGCUGGUUUUGGGGAGUUGACAGGUUUUGGGACAGGUGUGUGUGUGAGUGAGAGAGAGAGAGAUGAGUGAGGGGGUUCAUACUGAUGGGGGCUGUGUGAAGAGCAGGGGAAGAGAGAAGAAAGACCUGCCAAGUACUGCCAGGUGUUGUUUAUGAUGAAAGCUGCCAUGAAAGGCUGCCACAGCAGUUUCCCCCUCUUCCUGCAGUCUCACUGGAGUUCCAGAUCUCUCCCUGGUGUGUUCUAGAACUCCCCCAUGGUGUCUUCUAGAACUUUCCCUACUAUGCCUUAGAACCUCAGGUCUGAGCAGAGUCACAUAGCCACAGAGAUAUAUGUACAACAUUGUCUGUACAACAGGUGAUGUGAUGCCAAUGCAGCAGGUACCAAAUUAAUUACCUCCGUGCUGACUCGCAUAAGAAAGAAAUAGGGUUAGGGUUUUAUCCAAAUUUAUAAUAAUGUGUAUACAUUAGAUUUUUUUCCCCUAAAUCAUUUUAGACAGAUCAGGGCUGCUGAUGUGGGGACACUACCUGAAGAAAUACAAUGGCAUGCAUACAGUACUGUUAGUACUAUACAUGAUCUUCUUGGCCACAAAAACCACUUUCAAGUCAAUUCUGCUCGGGUUUAUGAAAUAUAUAUAUGUAUUUUUAUAUCAGAGCAUGAUAGUAUAUUCUCUUUACAUUUCAUAUGAAUGUAUAAUUAGUAUUUUAAUAUAUAGAAAAUGAAUUAUCUUCCCCCCCAAUGUUAAGAUUGACUUAUAAUGUUUAACAUGGUGGGGUAAGUGCCACUGUAUGGCGUACAUUUUCCCACAGCAUUACAGCUGUAGAAAAGUGAAAUCAAUGCUGAUUUUAUAUCAAUUUUGUCUAAUGUUAGUCUCCACAUGACUAAGUCGAGGUUUAAUCAUUUCCUAUAUAUCCUAGACCUAGAGUAUUACAUUUUUAAAUGUUAAGUAGACAAUCAACUAUGUCUAUUUCCUUUGCAACCGAUAAGGACUUUAUUUUUGUCCAAAAUAAAUGGAGGACAUUAAGCUACAUACAA